CCCUCCCGUCAGUUGGAGUAACCUGCUCCGGUCUGCGUCAACAACCGCUCCGGUGUGACCGUUUGUUUGUCUCACGGGCUUGUCCUGCACGGUACCGGGAGGAAGACACCGCCGGCCCGGCUGCUGCCCUCACAGAGACCCGGUGAAGGACAGCUUGUACCUGUCGGUGUGUUUGCUGAGUCACUCGUUCACCUGUAGGACCACCUGGACACUGACUGACUGUCUGCGAGCCUCCAUCGACCCUCCAUCAUCCUCCAGUGUGUCCGUCCACAGCUGCACUAUGAGUGUAUGAUGUCUGAGAACAGCUGCUAUGGCCUGCAGCAGCAGUCAGAGCAAUGCAGAAACUCUGGAGGGGUUCCAUGAGGUGAACUUGGCCUCGCCCACCACACCUGAUCUUCAGAACCAAGCGGAGCAGCGCCCCUCUGCUCGUCACAGCACCCCGCCCACCUCUCUGUACCGCACCCACUCUCUGGGAGCACCCCCUACUGCCCGCCCCACCUCCCUGCGGGCCGAUCAGCUCCCCACGCAGCCGGUGUACUCCACACCACGGCACAGUCACAAUGGAAGUGUGCCAGGCCAGGAGGCGGAGUCAGCCGAUGGCAACUUCCUGUCCGGAGAGGACAGCGAGGAAUGCAGCGCCUUGAGCGACAGCCUGUCGCGGCUGCGCAGCCCGUCGGUGAUGGAGGUCCGAGAGAAAGGAUACGAGAGGCUGAAGGAGGAGCUGGCCAAGGCUCAGAGGGAGCUGCUGUUGAAAGAUGAGGAGUGUGAGAGGUUGUCUAAAGUCAGAGACCAGCUCGGCCAGGAGCUGGAGGAGCUCACCGCCAGUCUCUUCCAGGAGGCCCAUAAGAUGGUGAGAGAAGCAAACGUCAAACAGGCAAACGCAGAGAAACAACUGAAGGAAGCUCUGGGAAAGAUUGACGUCCUCCAGGCGGAGGUCCAGGCUCUGAAGACACUCGUGCUGUCCUCCCCCACCUCCCCUCUGGGUGAGCUCCCAUCUACAGGAGUAAAGACUCCCUUCAGGAAGGGCCACAGCAGGAACAAGAGCACGUCCUCCGCCAUCCUGGGGACGCAGCCCGACCCGUCGGCCACGCAGCCAAUCGUACGGGAGUGUAGAGAGGUGGACAGUCAGCUGUUUAGUGACUUCAAGGCCUGGAAGGAGGAGCCGACGCUCGACCGCAGCUGCUGCUUCCUGGAGAGAGUUUACCGUGAGGACAUCUACCCCUGUCUCACCUUCAGCAAGAGCGAGCUUGGUUCGGCCAUCUUGGAAGCCGUGGAGCAGAACACACUCAGUGUGGAGCCGGUGGGUUUCCAGCCGCUGCCGGUGGUCAAAGCGUCGGCCGUGGAGUGUGGAGGACCAAACGGGCGAAGGGCGGAGCUCGUCACAAAAUGUGCCCUGAGCGGUCAGACCAAAACCUGUAAGCACAGAAUCAAGUUUGGAGAUUCGUCCAAUUACUACUACGUAUCUCCGUACUGUAGAUACAGAAUCACAGCUGUGUGUAAUUUCUUCACCUACAUUCGCUAUAUCCACCAAGGGCUGGUCAAACAGCAGGACGCGGAGCAGAUGUUCUGGGAGGUGAUGCAGCUGCGCAGAGAAAUGUCCUUCGCCAAGCUCGGCUACUACAAAGACCAGCUGUGACUGACGGACAGCCCCGCCCUCCAAUCACAGCAGACUCCGCCCUGAAGCCCCGCCCCACCCUGCUCCCCCCUCCCCCUCCUCCUCCUGUGUGAGUGUGUUUCUGUGUGUGACAGAGUACCUGUGGUUGUUUUCAGCUGAGCGACUGACGUCAGUGAUCUGUUGUUGGUUUCUGUUGAGUUUGAAUCUGAAAUAUGAAUUUUACUUUAUUAAAACAUGAAACACUCCGACAUGUGACGACAAGUGACAACAUGUGACGACAAGUGACGACAUGUGACGACGUGUGACGACGUGUGAAGACAGCUAACAUGAAGGAUUUAAAUGUGGUGGCGUUUGAACCCGUCUGAGGAGUUUGGAUUUAUUUUUCCUCUCCCUUCAAUCAUGAAAUCAGAGUUUAACAGGGCUGAAAAAAAUUCAUUCUGAUUUUUCAGUUCCAAAUAAAAACACUUUUCUGGACCAACGACAGAGCAUCAGAGCCGCUCCUCUGAGAUUUAGAGAUUAGAGUUGAAAUAUUUAGAAAGAAGUCGUAUCAUGAGAACAAAGUCAUGAAACGAGGAAAAAAAAUACCAAAAAAUUUACAAAAAUUAGUCAAAAUUUUAUGAGGAAAAAAAACAGAAAUUGACGUUAAAGUUGGAACUUUAAAAGAAAAUUUAUUUCAAGAGUCAAGUUGAAUAUUUUUGAGAUUAAAGUCAUGGAGAGAGAUUAAAUUUUGGGGUUAAAAAUCUAAUUCUGAAUAAGAAAAUAAAUCUGUAAAUAUGACUUGAUUCUUAAAAUAUUUCUGUCCUAAAACUACACAUUUUCGUGACUCGUCCAUUAUUAUUGCAAAAUAUUUUUUCUCAAAAUUGCAACUUUAUUCUCGCAAAUUUCAGACUCUCAAAAUAUUUAAUUUUUCCUUAAAUUUUGACUUUUUCAACAUGAAACUUUUUUCUUGUUAAAUAUUGACUUCACCUGAAAAUUCUGCACCCUCUGCCGCCAAAACUCAUGACCAUUUUCAAAAUACUUUUUGUCUCAGAAUUUUUUAAAUUUUAUUUUCAUAACAUUCCAAAUUUUUCCACUUUUAUGACUUUCUUUUUUUAUAAUCACACACCCUCAUAACUCCUUUGUCAUUACAAUAAUUUGAAAAAUAAGACUUCAUCUCCAAAUAUUUAAGUUUUCUUCAGAUUGAUUUUUUCAGCAUUUAACUUUGUUCUUCUUAAAUAUUGACAUCACCUGAAAUUUUUUUAGUGUUUCUUCCCCUCCCCAAAAUUAUAACCACAUUUCUUUUUUUCUAAUUAAAAUAUUACAACUAUUCUCUAAGUCUCAGAUUCUGUUGCUCCGUCGUUGUGGCUCCAGAAACUAAAAGCUGUUCCAGUGCUGCUAAAAGUUUCUGUUUUUCUCUGGAGUCAAGUUUGAAAACUAAAGAUAAGCUGCGCUGAAUCUGAAAUACAGUGAAGGACGUUCACCAAAUUAAACUGACGACCAAACAACGAAUAUUUGUUUACAAAAUGAAACAGUGUGUAAGCUUUUGUUUAACUUAUGUUGUAAGAGAAGAUGAAGGAGGCACAGUCGGAUGCAAAGAUAAUCACAAUAUUAUUCUUCUUCUUAUAAUUAUUCUUAUUAUUAUUGUUAUUACAAUCAGAAGGAGUACAAGCAGGACUCUACAGCGAAGCUGCGAUUCGCAAUUUAUUUCUUUGUUGAUUAAUCUGUUGUUGUUUAGUUCAUUAAGUAUCAGAAAACAAAGAAAAGGUCCGUCAGUGUUUCCUGAAGUCCAACACGACGUCCUCAAACAUCUCAUUUUGUCUACAGCUGGGAGACGUUCAGUUUACUGUCACAGCAAAGAGACAAUAUUCACCCACCCGGACUCAGAAAAUAUUUUGACUGUUUCUUUCUUUAAACAUUACUCAAACUGAUGAAGAGAUUAUCAAAUUAGUUGGUGACUGAUUUAAUAGUUGACGACUGAUUGAUUAUUCGGUUAGUUGUUGCAGCUCUCAAGCCCCCUUUGAUUUAAUUGUAAUUUAUUUGCCUUCACUUCAAAUCUGUGGCGCCCCCCAGUGGAGACUUGUCUCUUGCAGACCACAUCCUGAUAUUAAAUGACACAGGAGCACAGUGAAUAUUUGUAGUCUUGAUCCUGUCUGAAUGAGGUUUAUACAUUUAUUCUCUGUAUAAUGUUAUUUAUGAUUUCUUUAUUUUGUUGUUGGGUUCUUUGAGACGUUGGUGAAGCUUUCAGAGGGUUUAAAGGAACAAUGAAACACUACAUGUACAUUUAUUUCUGCUGUUAAACACUCCGUGAUGUCAGAACUCGCGUGGACGUGACGUUCUGUUCAGAUAAUCUGAUAAAACAUGUUUGUUUGGGGGAAUUUUCCUUUAACAGCUCCGGCUGUCUCCACUCUGCUGUAUUUUGUUAGUGAGGAGACGUGUAGAUAGGAGGCUGUGUGUGUGUUUGUGUGUGUGUGUGUGUGUGUGAGAGAGAGUGUUGAGUGUGUUUGUAUGCUGUAAACUUUAUAUCUGUUAAUUUAAACCUGACUCCUUUGCAUCUUUCUCUCAUUCGACGUCAGUGUCACUCUCCCGGUUUGGUUUAGUGCCUUUUCUCUCAGACACUCUGAAAUAAAAACAGUAAUAC